AAGGAGCAGAAAAAAGAUCGUUGUGGUUGAGCCAAACUUCUAGCUCUAGCUAGCCAGUAGAUACCGUAGCUAGCUAAUAGCCAGCUAAAGCUAAAGCGGAAGUAGCCAAAAGACCGAAUGCAUGCUUCCCACUCUUUUGUUGCUCAAUUGUUGUUUCUUGUUUGAUACAGCAAACCACCAACAGAAGAAGAAGACUCUAUUUGCGAGAAGCAAGAAGACAGACAAGAUCAAGUGAGCAAGCAGCAAGCAGCCUUUUAAAACUUUGAUAAGUACAGUAGGACGCGUUGCCUCUGUUUGUUGCCGUUGCUACUGCCGUUGUUUGCCGUUGUUUGUUGGUCGACAUCGACAUCGACAUCGACGUUGACAUCGACAUCCAUAUCAAACUAAACGAAAAACCAGAAAAUUAAAACAGAAAUCCUCAAGCUCAAGAUCAAGAUGAAGAUGAAGGCGAAGACGUUGCUGAGCCUUCUGCUCGGACUCUCGAUCUCAGUCGAGAAUCUUACCAAGGCUCAGGAUGUCCUUCCUGUACCCACUGGUGCGGGUUCUACUGGUGCCACUACUGAUCACCAAGACAUGGUUGCUUUUGCUGAGGCCAUCUUGAAUCCUGAUCCCGACUCGGAAGCUGACGCCAUCUACGAUUCCUAUGAUUCCUAUGAAGACAAAGAUGACCUUGAAGAAGAAGACGACGAGCAAGCUGUGGUUGCUAAGCCAGAUGAACAAGAUCUCACGGAAGACACGAACAAGGGCAUGGACAUGGACAUGGACGCUCUUGGCUCUGCCUUUGAUACGGCUACCGCUUCUCUUUCCGCCAUGGAUACUACUGAUCCCAAGGCCAUUCCUGACCCUACCCGUACCCUCGGGAUUAAGAAAGACAUCAACCCGCAGGUGGAUGCCCAUGACCGUCAGACUUCCACCAACAGGAUCACCAAACCAGACAAAAUCAUCGUUAUGGGCCAUACCAGUACUAGUACCGAAUUCAAACAGGACACCGACGACAUCACUGAAUCCGUCAAGGCGUCCACAACCGACCACCACGAACAAGAACAAGAUCAAGGUUCGCUCAUCUACGACCUCAGUAACAAGAUGGACGUCGAGUCCAGUUUGGAAGCCAUGAAGAGGAGGGCGGCUGCAGACUACCAAGUCAGCCCAAACAAGAACCAAGAAGAAGAAGAAGAAGAAGAAGAAGAAGAAGCAGACACCGACGAUGCCGUCAGUGUCCGUCGUCAUGGCAGAAGGUUGGAUGAAACCACCGACUGGUUGAUUGGAAAUACACGCAUGUAUGGACCUAGAGAGACUGCUAGCCUACCCGAUGAAAUUAGCUAUGCCAAUGGAUGGACUAAUGCCCAAAACUUUUGCAAGGAACAAGGCGGAUCUCUGGCUUCUAUCAAGGAAAUUUGCCCCCCAGAUGGAACCACCAAUGGGAUGCCUCUCUUUGGAAUGCAGGGUGGAGAUCAGUGA